GAGAUUCCCCCAGGACCCACCAUGCCCGGAGCUGCAGAGGAGAAUUCCUCCAGAAUCUCUUACCAUGGCCUGUUCCGGAUGUAUCUAGACUCACCCAACCACAGGGGACGUGAAAACCAGGGUUUGCCAAAGCAGGCAGCUAGCACCCGAAACUCUAAGGAGCAGGGGGCACGAAGGCUGGCAAGGGAUCUGAGACCCAGGUCCCACCAUUGCAGCCCAGUAACUGGAGCUCGGGCGAAGCUGCCCUUUGCCUCUUCGAUUCUAGAAGGGUAUCCAGCGAUGAACCGGGCAAUCCAUGGAGAGAGCGACGCUUGUCUCCCUUACCCUGGACGGCCCAUGCCACAAGAACUGAUCUGCAAGUGGACUGACAGCAAAGGACACCACUCCAGGCAGGCUUGCUCCAGAAUAUUCAGCACCAUGUAUGAGCUAGUUCACCAUGUCACCAUGGAGCACGUCGGAGGACCAGAGCAGACCAACCAUAUUUGUGACUGGGAGGGCUGCGCUAGGGAGAAAAAACCCUUUAAAGCCAAAUACAAACUCAUAAACCACAUCAGAGUGCACACAGGGGAAAGGCCGUUUCUGUGCCCGUUUCCUGGGUGUGAGAAAGUGUUUGCAAGAGCUGAAAACCUGAAGAUACAUAAAAGAAUCCACACAGGGGAGAAGCCGUUCGUGUGUGAAUUCGCUGGGUGUGACAGGAGGUUUGCCAACAGCAGUGACAGGAAGAAGCACACCCACGUGCACUCGAGCGACAAGCCGUAUCGCUGCAAAGUCAAAGGGUGCGAGAAAUCCUACACCCACCCCAGCUCCCUGCGCAAGCAUCUGAAAACGCACCGCAGCCUCGAGCCAGCCCUCUCCACCGCCACCACCAAGCCCACGGGGGCGCAGGAGCCGGGGGCUGGCGCCUGCCAGUCAUUGGCCCGCCUUGCCGCUUGUCUAGCCAGGUGUGGCCCCUCCAGGUGUCAGGGCAGAGAGAGGGACACUCCGGAGACGGAAAGAGGGGGAGCCCCCCACGCAACCUCCCGCAGUGGGCGUGAGGCCAGACGGACGCCUCUGCCGGCUCGCCCCCAGCUCUGGCGCAAGGUGCCCUCCGAGGGCUCCAGCAGGUCUCCCAGCCCACUCACACUCCCGGCCGGGCUCGGAAAGGGCUGGGAGCCAGGGCACAGCAGGGCCACGGGCGCUGCCCACAGCAGGCCCGAAAGAAACGCUCCCCCUUCCAGGAGAGGGCUCAGUGAGCUCUGACGGGUCACUUCCCCGGGGCCAAAGGGAGCCUUCUUCCCCCUGCCCGCGCCAAGCGCUGGGGAGCUGCAGUUCCCUCUGGGAACUGGAUCGUUCACGUCCACCUAUGGUGGGUGGGAAACGCCUGCAACCUCCUUCGGACCUGGGGUUAGCAGCCAAAGGGGCUCCCGAAUGCUGGCCUAGGAAUCCAAGCCCGGCUGGUCUCUGCUAAGAUCAGCUCAUUUCCCCACCGGGACGGCAACAACUGGAAAUACAUCGGUCAUCCGCGUCAUGAACCCGAACCUGCGUCUUUGGCAAGUGCUUCGCUAAAGGCCCGUCUCUCUCCCUCACACUCACACACGUGUUAUUCAGCACACGUGUGUUCUGUGCUUACAGACGCUCAGCUAAGCUUGGGUCCUAUCCGCCAGCCAGGAAACCGGCCCGCACCGAUUUCAAUCCUCUGUGUGCCAAACGGUUUCCUUCUGUGGAGAACACGUCUUCUUGGCUCUCACUGGCACGUUCUAGGCGAGCGAGGGUUUAGCCUGUCACAGUUACAUUUGCAGCCUCAUAGAGACGUGGCAGAAAUAGGGUUAUAAUUGUAAGCCUGUGCUUAGAGAUAGAGCUUUACAGCGCUACAAGAGUGAUUUGUUGUUUUACUGUUUAGCAUUAAUAUUCGUUGGUUUAUUGUGUCCGUUUCCUUGCUCUGCUCUGUUUAUGUUAGAGAUGUGCGAGUUUUGUAUCGAUGUUUGACACACGAUUUGAAAUAAAUCACCGAAUGUGCUCCAGACUCGGGCACUUCUGGCCG